GACUGGCUCUCAUUUCGACACACACAUAAUCGGCGUGGACAGACUGUCACGAGAACCGCUCAUUUGAAACCAAUUCACAUUACUGCUAAAAAUAAAGGAGGGCUAAUUGACUCCGGCCAACCUUCGGUGACGCGGCCCACACAAGCGACGCAUGCGCAGUGCCGCCGGCGUCGCACAGCACCAUCAGUAGGAGCAGGACCAGCGAGAGCCGCCGGGGAGAAGGGUGCCGUCGUUGUUUAUUUUACGCAAUAUAAACUUUUCUCGCAAUGUCGGGUUUCGACAGUAACCCUUUCGCUGACCCAAUGGACGUAAAUCCCUUCCAGGAUGCUUCAGUCACACAAGCCACCAGCAGAGUCAAUGACAACGUCGGGGAGUACAACCCAUUCUCUUCACCAGAAAUGGGACAGCACUCUGGGACGACAAUCCCUAUCUCUGCUGCACCCUCUCAACCAGCUGUACUACAGACAUCUGUGGAGCAGAACCCAAAAGCUAAAGCAGCUGCUGCCCAGGCUAACCUGAUCAAACAGCAGGAGGAGCUGGAGAGGAAAGCAGCAGAGCUGGAGCGGAAGGAACAGGAGCUAGAGAACAGGAGGCAGGCAGGCAGCGCAUCGAACCCCGGAGCUAAAGAGAACAACUGGCCACCUCUUCCAAGGUUCUUCCCUAUAAAGCCCUGCUUUUAUCAGAAUUUUGAGGAGGAAAUCCCCGAGGACUACCGCAGGAUGUGCAAGAGAAUGUACUACCUCUGGAUGUUCCACAGUGCCACUCUCUUCCUCAACGUGCUGGCCUGCCUGGCUUGCUUCACCAUUGACAGUAACUAUGGCGUUGACUUUGGUCUGGCUAUUCUUUGGUUCAUUCUGUUCACCCCUGUGGCCUUCGUCUGUUGGUACAGGCCGGUCUACAAGGCCUUUAGGUCUGACAGCUCUUUCAGCUUCUUUUUCUUCUUUUUCGUCUUCUUCUUCCAAGUGGCAGUUUACAUUAUCCAAACUGUGGGGAUUCCCCAUUGGGGCAACAGUGGAUGGAUAACAUCAAUCACCAUCAUCAAGGCGAACCCGGCUGUGGCUGUGGUUAUGAUGGUAGUGGCUGGAUUUUUCACUGUAAACUCUGUGCUGGCUGUCAUCCUGCUGAAAAUGGUCCACUCUAAAUACAGAAACACAGGUGCCAGCUUCACCAAGGCCCAGCAGGAGUUUUCACAAGGUGUCCUGAGCAACCGAACUGUCCAAAAUGCUGCUACCUCCGCUGCUACCUCCGCUGCCCAGGGAGCCUUUGGCAGCAGCCAAAAUUAGUGUGAUUUCUACAAGUUUUGUGUCUCUGGCUAUUCUCUUUUCUGACCAGCAUACCGGGCUAGCCACGUCCCAACAUUAUGCAGUUGGUGUAAAGGAAUUUUUAGGGAAAAGGGCAAAAAGCAAGUAACUUAUGAGUAAUAUACCAAGUGGGGUGUCUCAGUUCUCCAUGUCCACUAAAAAACUAAAUAAUAAUAAAGAUUGUGUAAUUUAGGAAGAUGUGUAGCUAAAGUCAUCUUCCAAGAAUAGGAACCUACCCUCAGUUAAACUUUAUUUGUAUAGCACCUUUGAUGAAGGACAGUGCAAUUCAAAGAGCUUCAUAGAUGAUUGACGAACUAAUAAUGAGAUGGUACAUUAAUUUAAAAAAAAAAAAAAAAAAAAAGGUAAAAAGAUUAUAAAAUGCAAAAAUAAAAUGGAUGGAACUUGUAAAGACCUGCACAGAUCUCAUCAGCAUAUGUCAUAUUCAUUUAUGCUUUAGAGAAAUGUCCAGUAGGAAAUCUGAAGCUGGGGUUUAAAGAGCAAGGUGAGGCCGCCACACAAAUAAAAUUGUAACAUUUCAUCACUGCAUCGCUAUUGAAAGCAUUUAACAGAGUAGACUAAAGAGAUACAUGUGAGAUGAUCUGCAAUACAAGAAACACUGAUUUAAAUCCAGUAAUUCUUAAAGAUCCCGGUAAAAAGUAUCAGGAUUUUUUCCUGCUAAUGUAGGAAUGACAUACUGAGGCUUGAAAUAUAAACUCUUUGUCCAAGGUUGGAUUCUCACUUGACACGAGAAUGUUUUUUUUUUUUCCCCAUCUGUGAACAAUGGAUCUACAAAAUGUUUUUCACAUUACAGCAGCAUACAGAACCUUGCAGGAUAACUAUCCUGACUAUAAGUGCAUUAAUACCGAUAAUACGCUUUAUGCACAGUGGAUGUCCUGUAAAAGUAUAAAUGAUAAUAAAUGCAUACUGUUA